UUCCAGAUCCAGAAGCACAACCUGCCCGCCUCUCACAUUCGCGAAUACCCUCGGGCAACGACCGACGACCAGGAAGAAGUCGUUCGUCUUGCAAUCAAGCAGUACACUCCUAUCAAGCCGGCCGGAGAUGGGAGGAAUGGGGUGACCAUCAUCGGUGGACAUGCGAAUGGAUUUCCGAAGGAAUUGUACGAACCCUUAUGGGACGACCUUUAUGAACGACUGCAGAAAUCAGGUGUCUAUAUCAGCAGCAUAUGGAUCGCAGAUGUCUCGCAUCAAGGAGAUUCCGGAGUCCUGAACGAGGACAUUCUCGGCAAUGAUCCAUCAUGGUUUGAUCACCCUAGAGACCUUUUCCUCAUGAUCAAUCAUUUCCGAGAGCACAUGAAACGCCCUAUGAUUGGUAUUGGCCACAGCAUGGGCGGUGCCCACCUUGUCAACCUCGCACUUAUGCAUCCACGACUAUUCACGACGCUGAUCCUGAUUGAUCCCGUCAUCCAAAGAAACCCAUCAGUACGAGGCAAUUUCGGCCCAGCUCGAGCUUCAACCGUCCGAAGAGAUCGCUGGGCAAGCAGACAAGAAGCAGAAAGCAAAGCCAAAAGAUCCAAAAUGUUCCAAACCUGGGAUCCCCGAGUCCUAGAAAAAUGGAUGCAACACGGUCUCCGCGAACUCCCAACACCCCUCUACCACCCGAAAGAACCUCAACCCUCCAAACCCCUCCCAGCAGAUCCCAUCCUCCCCCAACCACCCUCCUCCCGCGAACUAACCCUCAAAACCACAAAAUUCCAAGAAGUCUUCACAUUCCUCCGCCCCAAUUUCGCCACAAAAACCCACCCGGACCCAGAAAACUUCCCCAACCCGGAAACCCACCCUGACGUCCCCGCCUGGACAUCUCCCAAAUCCCCUUUCUACCGCCCGGAACCCCUCGUCAUAUUCACCCGCCUUCCAAAUCUCAGACCGAGCGCGUUCUAUAUAUUCGGCGAACACUCGGAUCUAUCGGCGCCGCUUCUUCGCGCGGAUAAGGUGGCGCAGACGGGGGUUGGAUGGGGAGGGUCUGGAGGUGUAAAGAAAGGGAGGGUGAGGGAAUAUGUGUGUCAGGGAGUGGGACAUUUGAUUCCGAUGGAGGUUGUGGGGGAGACGGCGGAUGUUGCGGGUGAGUGGGUUGUAGAGGAGUUGAGACGGUGGAGGGAGGGGGAGGAGGAGGAGAGGAGGGAGUGGGGGAAAGUGCCUAAGAGGGAGAAGGCGGUUUUUAGUGAGGAGUUUAAGAGGCAGAUC